AUCAAAGCGGUUUUGCGUCUCUCGCGACUCGGACGUGGCUCUGAUAUAUCACGGAAAAUGUCGGUGUGGAAUACUCUGGUCAAGGCGCAGGCGCACGUAUCACUGAUCGGUUUGGUGGCGAUCACUCCACUGAUCAUCGUUGCCGCCGUGUUGAGCAACUUGUUCGCCAAGCUCAGCCGCUGCUGCUCAUCCCCGAAGAGUAUCGCCGGUCAAGUGGCAGUGGUAACAGGUGGAGGACAUGGUCUGGGUCGCGCCAUUUCCCUGGAGCUGGCCAAAAAGGGAUGCCACAUUGCUGUGGUCGAUAUCAACUUGACCGGCGCCGAGAGCACAGUGAAGGAAAUUAAACAAUGCUAUGAUGUUCAGGCUAAGCCUUAUAAGGUAGACGUCACAAGUAUUGAGCAACUCGUUGAGCUGAAUAAGAAAGUGGUUGUUGAUCUGGGACCGGUAACUGUUUUGGUUAACAAUGCCGGAGUUUUGCUACAUCGUAAUUGCAUUAACCCUGAUCCCGCAGAAGUGCAGCUUAUGAUAGAUGUGAACCUAUCGUCACACUUCUGGACCAAGUCCGUUUUCCUGCCCAAAAUGAAGGAGCUGCGGAGGGGGCAUAUCCUCAGCAUCAGUUCUCUGGGAGGUAUUUUUCCAUUGCCAUAUAGUUCGACCUAUUCGGCCACCAAGGCAGGAGUGGCGUACCACAUGCGGUCCCUUCGCAUGGAGCUGUUUAUGGAGAAGCAGAAGGACAUCCAUGUGACCACCGUAUUCCCCACAUUCCUGACCACCAAUGACGAGGUGACGGAUAUGUCGGGACAAGUGGGAAUUGGCCAAUUGUAUCCGCUGAUCAGUGGCCAGGAAAUGGCAAAACGCAGUGUGGAAGGAAUGAUGCGCGGGGAACAGGAGGUCCUGCUGCCAGGACUCGCAGCCCUGAUGUACCGACUAGUGAAUCUCAUGCCCUCUAGCUGGCAAAUGUUGGGACUUGUACUGAUCACUGGCUCCAGGUUCAGAAAGUUCCGAGACAUGCGUUCCUGAGCGUGGAAUAAGUGACGUGGUGAAUAAAAGUAUUCCUGGUUUCGGGGGGCAGAAAAAUAA